GUAUUUUUUACCCGUAAUACCACGGUCACAUUGGCAAAAUUUUAAUAUAAAUAUUAAAAACAAAAUAAUAAUAAUGGCCGGAGAAGUUAUUGUGGAUGCCUUGCCCUACAUUGAUCACGGCUACGAUGAUGUGGGAGUCAGGGAGUCGGCACUCGCCAUGGUGGAGGAGGAGUGCAGACGCUAUCGCCCUACAAAAAACUAUUUGGAUCACUUGCCGCUGCCAGCCUCGUCGCCAUUUGAGACUCCUCUGAUGGUCAACGAGUUCGAGCGAAUCCAGAACCGCCUGCCCAUGGAAACGCUUUCCAUGAAAAGGUACGAGUUGCCUCCGCCUCCGUCCGGAAAGUUGUCAGAAGUGUCCGCUUGGCAGGAGGCCAUUGAGAACUCUAUGGCACAACUUGAGCACCAGUGGGUGCGCUCUCUCAACCUGGACCUGAUGCUCGACUACGGCACGGAGGCGUGGAAGUCCUACCUCGAGGUAUUUACCGCCAUGCAGGCAAAGGCGCAGUUGCAGUUGCAACAGCUGAAAAAGGACAUCCAGGACGUCAACUGGCAGCGAAAGCAAGCGCAGACACAGGCCGGCGAGAGACUGCGUUCUCUGGAGGCGCACUGGGUGCUGUUGGUGUCCAAGAACUACGAGAUCGAAACGGAGUCUGCGGAGCUGGAGAAGCUCGUGCAUGCCGCUCGCCAGAGGCUCGAGAGUCUUGCUCCGCCAGCUACUGCUAAUGACACGGCUCCUACUCCGGAGCACACUAAUGGAUUUGGCCAGGACGUACAGGACGAGAGCAGUGGCAGCAGUUCAAGUGUUAGUAAUAGUAAUGAUGCCAACGAGGGUGAAACUGCUGACCAAGGCGAGGAAGAUAAAGACGAAGCUUCAACCGCCGCGCAAGACGAAUCUUCCGAUGGGUCAUCAACUUAGAUAGAUAUAUUUCUACUUUAAAUAACCAUUAUAAAAAUAAUGCAGGAUUGUAACUAUGAUGUUCACGAGUAAAGGCAUUUAAAGACCA